AUGGAGGAGGACGAUGAAGACGCUAUCUACAACAUCGAAGACAAACGCCUCGAUAGCCUACCAGUAACCAGUAAGGAGAUCUCACAGGCUACAAGAACUGAUCCUGUGCUUUCGCGCGUGUUAGAGUUCACUAAAAGUGGAUGGCCAGCAGAGGUAAGGGACGAACGCCUCAAACCUUUCUUCAAUCGCAGACACGAACUAUCCACGGAACAGGACUGUUUGUUGUGGGGAUUAAGAGUUGUGAUACACUACAAGUACGAGAAGUUCAUUCUGGGUGAGUUACAUGAUGCGCAUCCAGGAAUUGUCAGGAUGAAAGAAAUUGCACGAAGCUACGUUUGGUGGCCUAACAUCGAUCGCGACAUCGAACAGACUGUUCGUCUCUGUGCUAGCUGUCAACAGACUAGACACCUUCCAGCUGUGGCACCCCUAAUGCCAUGGGUGUGGCAUAGCUCUUCGUGGCACAGAAUUCACAUCGAUUUCGCGCAGAAAAAUGGUCACGAUUUCCUGAUCGUCAUUGACGCAUACGCAAAAUGGCCAGAGAUCUUCCACAUGAGUAGCACCACCGCGAAUGCAACCAUCACGGUGCUGCAAGACUUAUUCAGCAGGUAUGGCAUCCCCUACCAACUUGUCAGUGACAAUGGACUGCAAUUCACAAGUGAGGAGUUCCAAUGGUUCCUCAACGUGAAUGGCGUAAAACACGUAAGAGUUGCACCGUACCACGCCGCAAGUAAUGGUGCAGCAGAACGAAUGGUUCAAUCCUUCAAACGCGCUCUCAGCUCAAGCAAAUCGAGUGUUCGGAGUUUGCAACAACGUAUCGACAGUUUCCUGUUGACAUAUCGCACUACGACACAUGCAACAACCGGUCAUACUCCUGCGAGUUUGUUCCUAGGACGCGAACUGCGUACUCGUUUGUCCUUGCUACGCCCGGACGUUGAACGCAAGGUGGUCAACAUGCAGAGCAACCAAAAGUUGCACCACGACAAACAGACCCAACUCCGCGAGUUCUAUGCGGGGGAGGAUGUGUUGGUUAAGGAUUUCCGCUGCAAAGAGACUUGGUGGCUGGCCACAGUCGCAGAGCGCACAGCCCCAAAGUCUUAUGUGGUAAUUUUGCAGGAUGGUCGAGUGUGGAAAAGACACGUGGAUCAGAUGAGAAGAGCAGAACGGUCUACAUCCAGUCAUUCUCAGAACUCAAGGAAUGGGAUGCACACCUCAGCUGACCAAGAUACUGAUAUGUCUGACCUAGCAUCCAUUCCGGUGUUUAUCCCUACCGCUGAGACAGCUCCAGUCGUUGGCUCGCAAAUUCCUCAGACAGAACGUACACACGCGCCACCCUCAAACAUCACAAGUGGUGAGCAGACUUCACAAUCGGCGACACCGACCGUAACCGCAGAUUCCAGUGCUUCACCCAAACCCCUACGUCGUUCGUCAAGGGUCAGCAAACCCCCAGACAGACUCAUUGAGACUAUGGAAUAA